GGCAUUGUUGGUUACCAGGUCCUCUUGGUUUACAACUCCCAGCAACCCUUGCGGCCCUAUUUUUCACUCUGCCUACCGCUCCCAAAAUGCACUGCCGUAUGCACCGCCCUCUUUCUUUUCUGCGCCUGCGCAGGGGCAAAGGCCGUGGCGCAUGCGUUAUUUUGCUAUGGUAGUGUUCUCGCACCAUGCUGGAGGCUUAAAAGGCGAAGUGGCUGUGUUAAAAUUAUAUAUUUUUGUAGCUAGGCUUUUAGAGAGAUUAUAGAGCAUAAUGCUUUUACCCUCUGCGAUGGGGUUUCGGUGGGAACCGAAGGUUUGGUCGCGUGUGUAAAAAGAGGAGAUGGAGCAUGCGCAGGACAGAGAUUCUGAGAGGAGCGGUUCGCACUGGCUGCACGCGUGCCCUGCAGGACUGGUCAUGGUGCGCCUGAGCGUGUCGGCUGGGGAGAGGGAGCAGUGUGUUUGAGAGCCGAGGCCUCUGCGCGUGCGUCAGCCGUCGACACUCCGUCUUCUGAAGAGUGUUCCAAAGACUCAGAUUCCUGAAACCCACCAGUCCCCAGGCCCAGUGUCAUAGAGACUCAGAUUUUCAGAAACUCAGACCCUUGAGACUUAAAGGAGCCAAGAGACCGGGGACUCGAGAGGCAGCUCUCACCAACCAGCACAUCUGACAUAUUGAACCUCCUGGAUCCAGACAUAGGGUCUCUGUUCUUUGUGAUCAGCCCCCCUGCUCCGCCCCCGCCAGAGAUGCAGAGUCAGCGCUUAACUCUGAAUCAGCACCGCGGACAGCACACCCCCCCUCCCCCCUUUCCAACCCAGGAGCCAGAGCACGUCCUGGGCAGAGGCCCCAUCCCUGCUGGGGUAGAGGUGGGGUUGGUCACAAACAGAUCACAGAACUUGGUAGCUGGUGGAGGAUUCCCAGCACAGUGGUAAAGUGAGAACGUUAACACCUGCGAGCCCAGGAUUAUCUGCAGAACUCACAUCCCUUGUGACUGCCUGAGAGCCCUUACUUGGCCUGUACCUCUCUGAGAACUCCCUUUCCAGUCCAGAAGAGCUAGAACUCCACCCAUCCCUGGCCUUUGCUGCCCUCAUCACAGGCACUUUCGCUAUGGCAUUGGGAUUGCCAGGUAACCUGCCUUCCAACCGGAUGUUACUUUCCUCAGAGACAAGGGCUGGAUCUUUACUAGAAACCUGAAGGCACAGUGUAGACGAUUGGUGAAUAAAUGAAAUUUCCUCUCUCACCUCACGGCUAUGAGGAAAGCAUUUGUGAAGACACAGCAGGAAGGCGGCUAUCUGGAAGCCAAGAAGUGAGCUCUCACCAGGAACCAAUCUGUGGACAGUGCCAUCUGGGACUUCCCAGCCUCCAGAACUGUGAGAAAUACGUGUCUUUGUGGUCCCUGGCUCAGGACUGGAGCUACCGGCUGGACGUGCAGGGGAACGUGACGGUGCAGGAGGGCCUGUGUGUCUGCGUGCCCUGCUCCUUCUCCUAUCCCGAGAACGACUGGUCUGCGCCUGUUCACGGCUACUGGUUCCGCGAAGGGGCCAAUACGGACCAGGACCCUCCAGUGACCACAAACAACCCAGCUCGUGAAGUGCAGGAGGAGACCCGGGGCCGAUUCCACCUCCUUGGGGAUCUUCUGAACAGGAACUGCUCCCUGGGCAUCAGAGAUGCCAGGAGGAGUGACAGUGGCUCUUACUUUUUUCGGGUGGAAAGAGGAAAUGCAAAAUGGAAUUACAAGUCUAAGCAGCUCUCCGUGCACGUGACAGCCCUGACCCAGGCGCCCCACAUCCUCAUGCCCGAGACCCUGGAGUCCGGCCACCCCAGGCGCCUGACCUGCUCUGUGCCCUGGGCCUGUGAGCGGGGCACGCCCCCCGUCUUCUCCUGGACCUCAGCUGCCCUCACCACCCUGGGCCCCAGGACCCGCCUCUCCUCCGUGGUCACCCUGACCCCACAGCCCCAGGACCACGGCACCAGCCUCACCUGUCAGGUGAUGUUCCCCGCAAGCGGCGUGACCGUGGGAAGGACCAUCCAGCUCAAUGUCACCUUGCCAGGUGCUCCACAGAACCCAACAGCCAGUGUCUUCCCGGAAACGGCACAGGGAUGGUGUAGACGUCCCGCUUCUUCUCCGGGACCGUGGAACAUGCCAUUGCGUGGACGGAUUCGGAGUCUUUACACAUCUAAUGGAAAAUCCCGGCCUUCGGUUUCUUCUGCCAAGAGUAACACAGCAAUCCACAGCCUUGUAUCUCCUUUCGUGGGUAUGUGUCUGUCUGUCUGUCUUUCUGUGGGAUAAAUCACUAAAAGCCAAAGAACUGAAUUACAUGUUCAGUCUGAUUUUGAGGAAUAUGACCAAAUCACUCCGUGGAGGGGAGAGUUUAUAUUCGCACCAGCCAGGGUUGAAAGUGUGUGUUUUCACCAACCCUGUGGAGCUGAAACUUUUUUUUUUUUUUCUUUUUCUAGGGCUGUACCC